AUGGCUCGGGCGGAGCCUCAACCGGAGCUGCGAAGGAGCCUCGCAAGAAACGAUUCCGCUCUCUUAAGUGCGUCUGAGGCCAAAGAAAAUGGCUCCAAAUCCGUAUGUCGAGUUGUCUUUCUAGGUGCUGCAAAAGUUGGCAAAACCAGCAUUAUCCGUCGCUUCCUCAAUGGUUGCUUCGAGCCCAAGUACACUCCAACCGUGGACGAUGUGUACUCCUCCAAAUUCCUGGUUCGUGGUUGUCUGGCCAAUGUGGAGUUUAUGGAUACCUCGGGAAGCUACGAUUUUCCCGCCAUGAUUCGUCUCUGUGUGGCGAAAGCUAACGCCUUUGUCAUUGUCUUCGCCCAUGAUAGUAUGGAGUCGUUGACCACGGCAGGGCGUUACCUCGAACAGAUCAAGUCGGAGCGUGAAGACUAUGCACCUCUAGUGUCCGAUCCUCAUGCCUAUGAAACCUCGACUCUAAUGGCAACACCUUCACCCCUAGUGGUUGUUUGCAACAAAUCUGACCUUCCAACGUCAAUGUCAAAAGUCAGUGAAGGUGUAAUAAUGGAGUGGUUACUGAAGAGUGGCCUGAAACCCUCGCAAUUUGUCUACACCAGUGCUAAAACGGAUGAGUGUAUAGUGGACAUCUUCAAGGCCCUCUGGUCGCAGAACGAGAUGACGCAUGCAAUCACUUUUUCACCGUGGAUGGAACAAAGGCGGGGCAGUGCCGCUGUCACCACGGGACGACAGGAGAGCUCCUCUCCCACUGAAAAGACGAAGGCCAACAGUCCGGGUUACGACGUGCAGACCAAGAGGGCGUCCUUCUUCCGCAACAGUUUUAAAGUUCGUCGUCGAAACAGUUCACGUCAACGCAGGUCCAAGUCGGAGUUCAUUCAUUUGGAUUGCAGUAUCUCUUAA